UCUCCACACCCAGACCACAUCACUAUGUAGUGCUUAUGAUGUGUUAUAACCCCACAUGUCCUCCUCAGGGUCCCAUGGGAGUCGAUCCAGAACAUGGCCAGUCUCCACACCCUGAACCUGGAUCAUAACCUGAUAGACCACAUCGCAGAGGGAUCCUUUGGAGAACUGUACAAGCUGGCUCGCCUGGAUAUGACCUCCAACAGGCUGAGGACCCUGCCACCUGAUCCCCUGUUUGCAAGGUCUCAGACGGGAGCCAUCAGUCCCACUCCCUACAACAGCGUCAUCAGUCUGAACUUCGGAGGGAACCCGCUACACUGUAACUGUGAGUUGCUAUGGUUACGGCGGCUGGUCCGAGAGGACGAUAUGGAGACAUGCGCCACGCCCCCUCAGCUGGCCGGCAGGUAUUUCUGGUCCAUCCCUGAGGACGAGUUCACCUGUGAACCGCCCCUCAUCACCAGACACAGCCACAAGCUCUGGGUCCUGGAAGGUCAAAGGGCAACCUUGAAAUGCAGAGCCAUCGGCGACCCCGAACCCGUCAUCCAUUUUGUCUCACCCGGCGAUCGGAUUGUGGCGAAUUCCAGCCGCACGACAUCGUACCGAAACGGAACAUUGGAUCUCUUAGUUACGGUUGCUAGGGACGACGGAGCGUACACGUGCAUAGCGAUAAACGCAGCGGGGGAGGCUACCGCGACGGUGGAUCUAAAGAUCGUUCCAUUGCCGCAUCGGAAUGGGAAUGUGAACGUUCCGGGGAAUGUGACGGUUACCGGGAACACUGGGAAUUCUAAUGGGAAUAUUCCGGGUUCUUCAGACAUCACCACCGGGAAAAGCGGGAAUACCGGAGUUAAUGGUGGAAAUGGAGGGAAUGUGAAAGAAACGGMGGAGAGGAAAGGAGAAGAGGGAGAGGGGGAUGAGGAGGAGGACGGRGGGACUAGGAUGGAGGAAGGAGAGAGGAUUGUAGGGAUACAAGGAGUCACUUCUACCUCAGCCCAGGUGAGAUGGGACCUGGGCCGAUCGGCUGGAGUUUACCUGGUGUGGAUGUUUCAGAUACAGUACAACUGUACAUCCGACGAGGCGCUGGUGUAC